AUGUCUGAUAAUAAAGGAACUAUCAGCGGUUCUUGCAAUUGCGGUUCCAUAAAGGUUACUAUACCAAAACCAGACGGGACUGUCCUGUGUCACUGCACCAGCUGUCGUAAAUCAGGUGGAUCGUUAGCUUCUGCCAACUUUGCGCUCAAACGUACUGAUAUGGAAGUGACCGGAAAUGGGAAAAAGGAGUUCACGCAGAAAGGUUCAUCCGGAAAUGAUGUGACCAGACAUUUUUGCGGACUUUGCGGCACACCACUUUGGACAUCUGUUGCUGAUCCCAAUGCUGUAUUCGUAAAAGGUGGUCUAUUCGAAACCCAUUCGAUUCCUUCGCCAGUCUCCCAUCUUUUCGCCAAGAACAUGGAGGAUUGGGAGGUCGUUCAUGAAGGUGCAGAAAGAGUAGAGACUCAGUAG